GAUGAUCGAGAUUCGAGUUCUGCAUUUCGCUUCCGUCUGCUGUCCUGUAUCUAGAAGAGCAUCUAGAGAGAGAGAGAGAGUUGCUUAAAUGUAUACAUGAAGAAGUGAUCAUCGAUUUAUGGAGGAUAGUUGUUUGUUGUGGAAGAGAGGCUCACCGUGCACGGUGAUGGUGGCUGCGGCGGCUGUGGCGGUGGCGGUGCUGGGAUUGCUUACGAGGGUAGAAUGCCGGAAGCCGUCGCUGCACCGCGUCGGAGGACAACGGGAAGGCUGGAAACCUAAUGUCAACUACACCAACUGGACCACUCAUGAGACCUUCUACGUCGGCGAUUGGCUAUAUUUUGGAUUUGACAAGCGGUACUUCAACGUUCUGGAAGUGAAUCACACGUGCUACGAGACCUGCACGGACAGGGACUUCAUAAAGAACGUGACUCGGGGAGGCCGCGACGUCUUCAAUCUCACGGAGCCAAAGCCCUAUUACUUCAUCUGCGGCGGCGCCCAGUUCUGCUUCAACGGAAUGAAGCUCGCUGUCCACGUCGUCGAAUACAUCCCUCCGCCACCCUCUCUCCCCCCUUUCCCCUCCUCCCGCCGGAAUAAUGCCUAUCCAUCAUCAUCAAGCAUUAGUACUACUGCCGGUGGUCUGCACAUCAUCAUCGUCAUCGCAUCACUUCUGCUGCUCAUUAUGACUACUGCGGCGCCAUGGCCUUCGCUCCAUUUCCUGUAUACAUGAUCGAUUUGCCGUCAAAUUCGGUUAGUACGUUUUUCCGAUUUUAGGGUUUUUUUUUUUCCAGAUUUUUGUUACUGAAACAUGUUAAUUAGCAUUGAGUUGCUGUCUGAUACUUGAUGGAUUCCAAAGUUAGAUUAAUCGCACGAGCUUUGACCUCUGUUUUUCUCUUUCUUUCGCAUUGUGAUUUUGUAAAUGGUAAAUGAUAGAAAAUUCGGAUAACUAUGGAAAAAUAGACUACAUAA